ACAGACACAGACACACACACGUGGUGGUAGAGUUCAUUGGCAGGCGCCAGCGUGAAACCUCACCUCUCUUUUCCACUGAUCACCACUGUACCCAGUAGCUCUUAAAAUGGCCGCUUUUCACACAAUAUUAACAUAAUUUAAACAAAUAUAUCCCUUUGCAAGAACAAAUAUUGGGAAUGAUCUGUAUUUCUGCAUGAAUUUGUCUGAAAAAAGUUAUUAGAUCUUCAUAAAAGUAUCAACCAGAGUCGGCCCAAGGCAUAAGCACCUGCAUAGGAGCCUGCGGCCACUAGGGGGCCCAGGAGCCAUGACUGAGUAUUGAGAGAGUAACGUAAAAAAUACAUGAUAAAAUCUGAUUGGACAAAAUAAUGUAACAUCCGCAUACUUCUACUGGGGCUUUCUUGUGGAAAGUUUCCCACCAGGUCAUCAGAGGGAUUUUUCCCGUUUCGACAAUGAGGCGCUCUAAAACAACCACACCGCGACAACGAGGCGUUCUAAAACGCCACGCCAGCCCGAAGCCCCUGUCAACAUGCUGGCUGUCAAGUCAGACUUUUAACACGCCCAAAAAAAUUCCAGCCUCCUGGCGUUUCUGCCUUCCUCACUGUGAUGUGCAUGCACUCAAGGCCGACAACGAGGCUCUCUAAGCAGCCACGCCAGUGGACUGACUGUACAGAAGGAAGAUGCAUUUUCGGGGUUUAGGCAAAGCUAGCUAACGGCGCUCCGGAUAACACUGCUGGUCCGAAUGAAUCUUCUCGAGUUGUCAUACGUAUAACGGCGAAGAAGCGGACUCAUGCCGGACUCCAAAGUGCGUCACUCUGCACCGUUUUAGUCACGCCCCCGCCAAAAAGAAUGAAACGGUGAAAAGCAGUUUAACAUUAUAUCGCUGCAAUUCAGUACUACAUAGUUGUACACAUUUUCAGCAAUUAUCUACAAACAUGUUUAAUGUCUUUAGAAACAAAUCUCUGAAUUCACUUUCCAGGCUUGUAAUUGUCGGCGAGUGCUUCCGAUGGGUUUUGGGCCUCGUGGCCCUGAUGGCUCACGACUGGUAAAGAGCAGGUGGAAGUAAGGGGGUCUGAGUGGUUACUGAGUAACUGCGAGGAAGCGGUGCAGAAGAGAAGGCGUGUGUGUGUAUGUGUGUGUGUGUGUGUCGGGUUUGGGGGGGGGGGGCGUAAUUAUGGUGUCGCAUGUCACUAGCAGAGAAGAGUUAAUGAUGCACCGGCCGCUCAGCAGGAAGCAGCUCCAACGCUCUCUUGCGUCUCACCUCAGCGACCGACCGGGGUGUCGCACCAUGGGGUACGCGACCCGAUGGCGGGCGCCGCAGUGAAGGAAAAAGGGGGCGCGUGCCCGGCCUUGCUGGCGGCCCCCUGCAAGGACCUGCUGAGGAGCUUCCCUCACAGCAAGCGGGUGGGCUCCUACCUGGUGGGCAAGAUGAUCAACAAGGGAUCCUUCGCCAAGGUGAUGGAGGGCCUCCACCUCGCCACCGGGGAGAAGGUUGCCAUUAAGGUGAUUGACAAGAAGAAAGCGCGUCAGGACUCUUACGUGCAAAAGAACAUGAAGCGAGAACCUCACAUCCAUCAGAUGCUACGACACCCAAACGUCGUCGUCCUGCUGGAGACCCUGGAGACGGAGAACAGCUACUACAUGGUGAUGGAGUUGUGUGGCGGCGGCGACCUGAUGGAGCGAAUCUGCGACAGGAAGCGCCUGCCGGAGAAGGAAGUCCGAAGAUACGCACGACAGAUUCUGUCGGCGGUGGCGCACCUCCACCAGCGUGGCGUCGUGCACAGAGAUUUGAAGAUUGAGAACUUCCUGCUGGACGAGCACAACAACAUCAAGAUCGUGGACUUCGGCCUGAGCAACACGCUGAGGUCGGAGUCGUUGCCUCCGGAGCUGCUCAGCACCCAGUGCGGAAGCCCCGCCUACGCCGCCCCCGAGCUCCUCGCCCACAGGAAGUACGGACCCAAAGUGGACAUGUGGUCCGUAGGCGUGAGCGUGUUCGCCAUGCUGACGGGCACGCUGCCGUUCACCGUGGAGCCCUUCAACAUCAAGCAUCUGCACCACAAGAUGGUGGACGCCGACAUCGCACACAUACCGAGUGACAUCAGCAAAGGUGCGGUGACGUUCGUGCUGUCCCUGCUGGAAGCCGACCCCGACGAGAGACCCGGCGCCCGAGCCGCCAUGGAGGGGCCCUGGAUCAACGAGGGCUACGCCGAGAGGCCGCUACGCUCGCUCUCGCGCGACAACAUGGCGUCGAGUCGGGGCCAGCAAAAGCCUUCUAUGCCGAGCGCCGAAGACGCGGACGCCUCGGUGCUGGCGUACAUGACGGACACGCUGGGCUUCUCGGCCGCGGAGGUCGCGCGCACGCUCGCCCGCAACCGGCCCUCCGCCGUCAUGGCCACCUACCACUUGCUGCUUGCCAAGAUCAAGAGGAGCCGCCGAUGCGCCGAGAGCGACCGCGCCAUGGUUAAAAAGGUGGCAAGCAGACGUGCCAAGGCAAGCAGACAAACGGCAGAGCGGCGGCACGAUGGGACCGGAGCCCAGCAGCCGUCACGACGAGAUGAUGAUGAUGAUGACAAUGGAGCGCCGUCUUCCUUCCUCCCCCCUCUCAGACCCUCAUCACCACCGGAAGCCCCUGAUGAAGGCGCCGCCGCCAGCUCGUACACCACGGAGGCUCUGACGCUUCCUGACGUGUUGGGAACAAAUGGCCAAGUGGUCCAUCUUUCUCCUCCCAAAACCACUGCAUCGCACCUGUGUGACUCCGCCCCUUGCCACGCCCCCUCACUCGCCAAUCCAAUGGGAGACGGCGGCGUCUCGAGGCCGGCGCGGCAGCUCAUCGGGAGCACACGGUCGGACGGCGGCGGGCGUCCGCCGGAGGCCGUCCUGAGGUUCGCUGUGCCGCAGAAGUGCGCCGCUUCUCCCAGAAUGCACCUGGAGACCACGCAGAGAGCUCCGCCCACCACGCUGCCACACCUACGCGGCCGGGGGCUAAAUGACGGACGAGGCAGGAAGGUUUCGUGGGUCCGCCUGACCCCAUCGGGUCCCUCUGGACUCCAAGUGAGCGGGUCCAAAACUCCCGCCUUCGCCUCGCAGAAACACGCUGUGGGGACGAAGAGCGGCAAGGCGGCGGGAACCAAGAGGAACUCUGUUACCCAGCUCCGCUCGACUCCACGACGACGGAUGACGGAGCUCAGUCUGCCGCUACUUCCGGACAGGAAGCUGCCGAGCAUGGAGUACUGACGCGGGAAUUCUCACACGCAAAAGGCA